AUGAGGUUAAAAGUCGGUACCAAACCAAGUAAUCUUCACGAGACCAAGGAAUUUGCUGAAUGGAUUUUAUGGCUUGGUGAUGGUCUACUUGGUGAUCCAAAUGAUGGAGAGGUGGAAAUUGAAAUUCUAGAUGAUAUACUUAUACUCGAUCAAGUCAAUCCUAUAUCUUCAUUGAUCUCAUUCACAUAUCCGGAUAUGCAAAACUUUUUGUUCGAUUCAAAUUAUUUCCAACAAAGAGCCAUUCUUGCACCCACAAAUGAAGUUAUUGAUUCAAUAAAUACAGAACUGUUAAAUAGUAUGGCUGGUGAAGAGAAGAUAUAUCUCAGUUCGGAUACUUUAUGUGAGCCUGAGGAACAAACCGACCUUAACAUGGCAUUGUUUCCUCCAGAUGUGUUAAACAAAUUGCAUCUGUCAGGAUUACCUAACCAUAAAUUGGUUCUCAAAGUUGGAGCUCCGGUAAUGUUACUUUGA